CCUUCACCAAGUGGGUGAACUCCCAUCUGUCCCGAGUGUCGUGCCGGAUCAGUGACCUGUACCAGGACCUGAGGGACGGCCGCAUGCUGCUGAAGCUGCUGGAGGUGCUGGCAGGGGAGAGGCUGCCUAAGCCCACUAAGGGCCGGAUGCGUAUCCACUGCCUGGAGAACGUGGACAAGGCUCUCCAGUUCCUGAAGGAGCAGCGCGUCCACCUGGAGAACAUGGGCUGCCACGACAUCGUGGACGGCAGCCACCGCCUCACGCUGGGCCUCGUGUGGACCAUCAUCCUGCGCUUCCAGAUCCAGGACAUCAGGGUGGAGACCGACGACAACAAAGAGAAACGAUCCGCUAAAGACGCCUUAAUGCUGUGGUGCCAGAUGAAGACCGCCGGAUAUUCCAACGUGAACAUUCGUAACUUCAGCACCAGCUGGAGGGACGGGCUGGCCUUCAACGCCCUGAUCCACAAGCACCGACCUGAUUUGAUCGACUUUGACAAACUGAAGAAAUCCAACGCUCACUACAACCUGCAGAACGCCUUCAACCUGGGGGAGCAGCACCUGGGCCUGACCCCCCUGCUGGACCCCGAGGAUAUCAGCGUGGACCAUCCGGAUGAGAAGUCGGUCAUCACCUACGUGGUGACCUACUACCACUACUUCUCCAAGAUGAAGGCCCUGAAGGUCGAGGGCAAACGCAUCGGGAAGGUGCUGGACAAUGCCAUCGAGACGGAGCUGAUGGUGGGGCGGUACGAGUCUCUGGCCUCAGACCUGCUGGAGUGGAUCCAGCAGACCGUCGUGAUCCUCAACAACAGGAAGUUCUCCAACUCUCUGGUGGGAGUGCAGCAGCAGCUUCAGGCCUUCAACACCUACCGCACGGCGGAGAAACCCCCCAAGUUCACAGAGAAGGGGAACCUGGAGGUUCUCCUGUUCACCAUCCAGAGCAAGAUGAGAGCCAACAACCAGAAGGUCUACAUGCCGCGGGAGGGAACGCUGCUCUCAGACAUCAACAAGGCCUGGGAGCGCCUGGAGAAGGCGGAGCACGAGAGGGAGCUGGCUCUGAGGGCGGAGCUGAUUCGUCAAGAGAAACUGGAACAACUCGCCAGACGCUUCGACCGCAAGGCGGCCAUGAGAGAGACCUGGCUGAGUGAGAACCAGAGGCUGGUGUCGCAGGACAACUUUGGGUUUGACCUCCAGGCCGUGGACGCGGCCACCAAGAAGCACGAGGCGAUAGAGACGGACAUCGCGGCGUACGAGGAGCGCGUCUCGGCCGUGGUCUCCGUGGCCAGGGAGCUGGAGGCGGAGCAAUACCACGACAUCAAACGCAUCACGGCCAGGAAGGACAACGUGAUCCGGCUGUGGGAGUACCUGCUGGAGCUGCUGAAGGCCCGCAGGCAGAGACUGGAGAUGAACCUGGGCCUGCAGAGAGUGUUCCAGGAGAUGCUCUACAUCAUGGACUGGAUGGACGAGAUGAAGAUGUUGCUGCUGUCUCAGGAUUAUGGGAAACACCUGCUGGGCGUGGAGGACCUGCUUCAGAAACACACCCUGGUGGAGGCAGACAUCUCCAUCCAGGCUGACCGGGUGAAGGCAGUCGGCACCAACGCCACCAAGUACUCCAUCGGCGACGCCGGCUACAAGCCCUGCGACCCUCAGGUCAUCCAGGGCCGCGUCUCCCACCUGGAGUUCUGCUACCAGGAGCUCACCCAGCUCGCCGCUGAGCGCCGCGCCCACCUGGAGGAGUCCCGCCGUCUCUGGAAGUUCUUCUGGGAGAUGGCUGAAGAGGAAGGCUGGAUCUGUGAGAAGGAGCAGAUCCUGUCCUCCGUGGAGCGCGGCAAGGACCUGACGGGGGUGCUCCGCCUCCUCAGCCAGCACCGCGCCCUCGAGGACGAGAUGAGCGGCCGCGCCGGCCACCUCAAGCACUCCGUUGCAGAGGGCCAGGUCAUGGUGCAGACCGACCACUUCGCCGCCGCCCGGAUCCAGGAGCGCAUCGACGACCUGCAGGCUCAGUGGGCGGCGCUGGAGCGGCUGGCGGCGCUGAGGAGGAGGAGGCUGGAGGAGGCGCUGGCGCUGCACCAGUUCCAGGCCGAUGCGGACGAUGUCGACGCCUUGACGCUGGACGCCCUGCGUAUCGUCUCCAGCGGAGAGACGGGCCAUGAUGAGUUCUCCACCCUGGCCCUCUUCAGGAAGCACAAGGAUGCGGCGGCAGAGGUGGCCAGCUACCGGCCGGUCAUCGACUCGCUCCGCGAGCAGGCGGCCUCGCUGCCUCGAGAGGAGGCCGAGUCAGAGGAGGUGCGUGGACGUCUGGCUGGCAUCGAGGAGCGCCACAAGGAGGUCACGGCGCUGACCAAGCUGAGGAAGCAGGCGCUGCAAGAUGCCCUGGCACUCUACAAAAUGUUCAGCGAGGUCAACGCCUGCGAGGUCUGGAUCGACGAGAAGGAGCAGUGGCUCAACAGCAUGGAGAUCCCAGAGAAGUUGGAGGACCUUGAAGUGGUCCAGCACAGGUUUGAGAGUCUGGAGCCGGAGAUGAACAACCAGGCAUCUCGUGUUGCUGUGGUGAACCAGAUCGCUCGGCAGCUGAUGCACAACGGCCACCCGAGUGAAAAGGACAUCAUCAAAACCCAGCAGGACAAACUCAACAACAGGUGGAGCCAGUUCCGAGAUCUGUUAGACCAGAAGAAAGAGUCCCUGAACUCGGCUCUGGGUGUGCAGAACUACCACCUCGACUGCAACGAGACCAAGUCCUGGAUCAAAGAGAAGACCAAAGUCAUCGAGUCCACCCAGGAGCUGGGUAACGACCUCACUGGCGUCAUGGCCCUGCAGCGCAAGCUGACCGGUAUGGAGCGUGACCUGGCUGCCAUCGAGGACAAGCUGGGCGGCCUGCGGGGCGAAGCCCAGCAGCUGGCAGAGGAGCACCCCGACCAGGCAAAGGCCAUCACCGGCCGGCUGGCUGAGACCACCGGCGUCUGGGAGGAAAUGAAGAACACUCUGAAGACCCGCGAGGAGUCACUGGGCGAGGCCAGGAAGCUGCAGCAGUUUUUGCGCGAGCUGGAUGACUUCCAGUCGUGGCUGUCUCGCACUCAGACAGCCAUCGCCUCGGAGGACAUGGCCAACACGCUGGCCGAGGCCGAGAAGCUCAUGGCCCAGCACCAAGGCAUCAAGAACGAGAUCCAGAACUACGAAGAGGACUACCAGAAGAUGCGGGACAUGGGGGACAUGGUGACGCGGGGCCAGACGGACGCACAGCACAUGUUCCUUCAUCAGAGGCUGCAGGCGCUCGACACCGGCUGGAACGAGCUGCACAAGAUGUGGGAGAACCGACAGAAGCUGCUGUCCCAGUCCCAUGCCUACCAGCUGUUCCUCAGGGACACCAAGCAGGCAGAGGCCUUCCUCAACAACCAGGAGUACGUCCUGGCUCAUACCGAGAUGCCCGCCACGCUCCAGGGCGCGGAGGCCGCCAUUAAGAAGCAGGAGGACUUCAUGACCACCAUGGAUGCCAACGAAGACAAGAUCAACGGCGUGGUGGAGGCCGGCCGGCGGCUGGCCGGCACCGGAAACAUCAACGGCGAGCGCAUCCAGGAGAGAGUCGCUUCCAUCGACGACAGACACAAGAAGAACCGGGAGGCUGCGGUGGAGCUGCUCAUGAGGCUGAAGGACAACAGAGACCUGCAGAAGUUCCUGCAGGACUGCCAGGAGCUGUCUCUGUGGAUCAAUGAGAAGAUGCUCACGGCCCAGGACAUGACCUACGACGAGGCCAGGAACCUGCACAGCAAGUGGCUGAAGCACCAGGCCUUCAUGGCCGAGCUGCAGGCCAACAAGGAGUGGCUGGACAAGAACCAGAAGGACGGGAUGCUGCUGGUGUCCGAGAAGCCGGAGACGGAGGCGGUGGUGAAGGAGAAGAUGGCGGCACUGCACGCCAUGUGGGAGGAGCUAGAGUCGACCACGCAGACCAAAGCUCAGUGUCUGUUCGACGCCAACAAGUCGGAGCUGUUCACGCAGAGCUGCGCCGACCUGGACAAGUGGAUGGGAGGCCUGGAGGGUCAGAUCCAGUCCGAGGACCACGGCAAUGACCUGACCUCCGUCAACAUCCUGCUGAAGAAGCAACAGAUGCUGGAGAAGCAGGUGGAGGUGCGGCAGAAGGAGGUGGUGGAGCUGCAGACCCAGGUGAAGGCUCUGGGGCAGGAGGGGAAGGACCCGGAGGAGGUAGACGGGCGGAGGCAGCUGGUGGAGAUGAAGUUCCAGGAGCUGCUGGAGCCGCUUCGCCAGCGCAAGAACGUCCUGGUGGAGUCGAGAGAAGUUUACCAGUUCAACCGAGACGUGGAAGACGAGAUUCUGUGGGUUCAGGAGAGGAUGGCCGUCGCCACAUCCUCUGACCACGGACACAACCUGCAGACGGUCCAGCUGCUCAUCAAGAAGAACCAGACCCUGCAGAAGGAGGUCCAGGGCCACCAGCCUCGUAUCAACGGCAUCCUGCAGCGCAGCCAGAGCCUCUUGAAGGACGAGACCCGGCGGCGCCAGGCCGACCUGCAGCAGCUGUGGGGGCGGCUGACGGAGGAGGUGGAGCUUCGGCACGGCCGGCUGGAGGAGGCGCACAAAGCCCAGCAGUACUACUUUGACGCCGCCGAGGCCGAGGCCUGGAUGAGCGAGCAGGAGCUGUACAUGAUGUCAGAGGAGAAGGCCAAGGACGAGCUGAGCGCCGUCACCAUGCAGAAGAAGCACCAGAUCGUGGAGCAGGCGGUGGAGGACUACGCCGAGACGGUCCACCAGCUGUCCAAGACCAGCAGAGGCCUGGUGGCCCACGGGCACCCCGAGAGUGAGCGAAUCAGCAUGCGUCAAUCCCAGGUGGAUAAGUUGUACGCUGGCCUGAAGGACCUAUCAGAGGAGAGGCGGGGCAAACUGGACGAGAGGCUCCGCCUCUUCCAGCUGAACCGGGAGGUGGACGACCUGGAGCAGUGGAUCGCUGAGCGGGAGGUGGUGGCCGGGUCUCACGAGCUGGGGCAGGACUACGAGCACGUGACGAUGUUGCAGGAGCGUUUCCGUGAGUUUGCUCGGGACACCGGGAACAUCGGCCAAGAGCGCGUGGACGCCGUCAACCGCCUGGCGGACGAGCUGAUCAACGCCGGCCACGGCGACGCGGCCACGGUGGCGGAGUGGAAGGACGGGCUGAACGAGGCCUGGGCCGACCUGCUGGAGCUCAUCGACACCAGGACGCAGAUCCUAGCCGCCUCCUUCGAGCUCCACAAGUUCUACCAGGACGCCAAGGAGAUCCUGGGCCGCGUGCUGGACAAGCAGCAGAAGCUGCCGGAGGAGGCGGGCCGCGACCAGAACACGGUGGACGCGCUGCAGAGGAUGCACAGCACCUUCCAACACGACAUCCAGGCCCUGGGGACGCAGGUGAGGCAGCUGCAGGAGGACGCGGUGCGCCUGCAGUCGGCGUAUGCCGGAGACAAAGCCGACGACAUCCAGCGGCGGGAGAGCGAGGUGCUGGAGGCCUGGAGGGGUCUGCUGGAGGCCUGCGAUGGACGCAGGCUCCGCCUCCUCGACACCGGAGACAAGUUCAGGUUCUUCAGCAUGGUCCGAGACCUCCUGCUGUGGAUGGACGACGUGAUCCGGCUUAUCGAGGCCCAGGAGAAUCCCAGAGACGUGUCGUCGGUGGAGCUGCUGAUGAACAACCACCAGGGCACCAAGGCCGAGGUCGACGCCCGGAACCACAGCUUCAGCUCCUGCAUCGAGCUGGGAAAGAGCCUGCUGGCCCGCAGGCACUACGCCUCGGAGGAGAUCAAGGAGAAGCUGCUGCAGCUGACGGACAAGAGGAAGGAGAUGAUCGACAAGUGGGAGGACCGAUGGGAGUGGCUCCGCCUCAGUAAGACUCACUGAGGCCGAGUCUUGGAGGUGCACCAGUUCUCUCGGGAUGCGGGCGUGGCCGAGGCGUGGCUGCUGGGCCAGGAGCCCUACCUGUCGGGGAGGGAGGUG